ACUGUGAUUCAUAGCGUCAUUCAUGGUUGUGAAAGCGCGUCUCAGGUGACCUCAUGGCAGCGCAGAUGUAAACAAACAGUGGCCGGGGGACUGGGAGGCGGAGGCUGACAGGGAGAACAAUGCAGAAAUAUGAGAAACUGGAGAAAAUUGGUGAAGGAACAUAUGGCACUGUUUUCAAGGCCAAGAACAGAGAGACACAGGAGAUAGUGGCGCUGAAGAGAGUGCGGCUGGAUGACGACGAUGAAGGUGUGCCCUCAUCAGCCCUGCGGGAGAUCUGUCUGCUGAAGGAGCUGAAGCACAAGAACAUUGUGAGGCUGCAUGAUGUUCUGCACUCAGACAAGAAACUCACACUAGUGUUUGAACAUUGUGAUCAAGACCUGAAAAAGUACUUUGACAGUCUCAAUGGAGAAAUUGACCCUGACAUUGUGAAGUCUUUCAUGUUCCAGCUGCUGCGUGGGCUGGAGUUCUGCCACAGCCGCAAUGUGCUGCACCGGGAUCUCAAGCCACAGAACCUCCUCAUUAACAAGAAUGGAGAGCUCAAGCUAGCGGACUUUGGUUUGGCUCGGGCGUUUGGCAUUCCUGUGCGCUGCUACUCUGCUGAGGUGGUGACGUUAUGGUACCGGCCGCCCGAUGUGUUGUUUGGCGCCAAACUUUACAACACCUCCAUCGAUAUGUGGUCUGCCGGCUGCAUAUUUGCUGAACUAGCCAAUGCUGGCCGCCCACUGUUCCCUGGCAGUGACGUGGAUGAUCAGGUGAAGCGUAUCUUCAAGCUUCUCGGCACUCCAACAGAAGACACCUGGAUGGGCAUGACUUCCCUGCCUGAUUAUAAAACCUUCCCCUUGUACCAGCCUACCAUGACCCUUGCUCAGGUCUGCCCCAAGCUUAGCAGUAAAGGCAGAGAUCUUCUUCAGAGGCUGCUCAUCUGCAACCCAUCUGCAAGAAUGAAUGCGGAGGAUGCCAUGGCACACUCUUACUUUUCUGACCUCUCACCUUCCAUCAGAAAUGUGUGACCCCCAAGCAAACCAUUGCCACAGGGAAGUUUUGUAUCAUGCCGGUGUGUGUGCAUGUGAGUUAAAUUAUACUGUAAUCCUCCAAAGCUUUGGAGAUUAAGUAUUGGAUCUGCUUUGUUUUUGUCUUUGUGAUUUGAUUGUUCUUUUUUGUUCACACAUGAAUUAUUUAAGGAAAUUGAAGUUAAGACUUGCUGGUGUUCCUAAGACUUUUUUUUCUGUUGAUGAGGUAGCUGGUGAUGUGCUCACUUCAUGAUUUGCAGGUGUCCAUCUUUCUGGAGAGACAAGCCAUGAAAGCCUAGCUUUGAAAUCCUACCUUUUAAAGUAAUUCUUGGAUGUGGAUGUCAAGUUUUGUUAGUAAAUUUUCUCUAUGUAUUGAAGAGUGAGGAACAAGCUGCAAGGUGUUCAUUGUGUUCUAAGUCUUUUGAUCAAAGUUAUUUGUACUAUAUUUGUAUACUCAGCAGUGGUGGGCACUAUUCUUAUCAUCUACUAACCAAUAAUAUUUUUAAAUUUACCAAACCAUUUAGGUUCCAAUGAAUUUAGUUGCACUAACUUUGUUUGCCAAUGCUAAACUAAACAUGAUUAUUUCAGUCUAUUUAUAUCACAUUAUUAUUUUGCAAUUUUGGGAUAUUGUCACACACUUCACUUGAAAAUUAAUUGUAUGCCAACACAAAAUUAUGAGGUGUGAGUAAUCUGUCUGGUGAGUGGUGGCCAGGCUUGGAUGGUCCUGGUGGCUGUGAUUGGUUGCAGUGGAAGUUGUUCUGUGCAUCUUUUUUCAUUGGCUAAAUUAUUUGUCCCCCUGUUUCUUGCAAGUACCUGUUACUACCCAAAUCCAGACCAACUUCAUCCUCUUACAGAAGGCAUGGCAGAUAUGGUGAAAUAUCUUGAAUGUACAUUGGUGUAUAAUUUCAGAUUUGAAUUUAAUCAUCAUCUGAUCUUGACAUGCUUACCUUUUUUAAAAAUUUUACAACUAAGUUCCAGUAUAUUAAAAUUUUAGCUUUUGAAGCUUUUAAAAUAAAAAUAAAAAUAACAAUUAGAGGCUAACAAUCAUUGUUAGCUCCGAUUGAAUUUUUACUGGUUUUGGUAGUUAAGAAUUAGUGAGAUCAUAUUUUGAAUUGGCAGUUUUUGGAGAACGUGAAGCAAACUUUUCUGUUAGCUGUGCCCACCACUAAAAGGCCGAUUCCCCCACCCCCCCUUCAAUCUCACUGAGUACUUCAAUGUUAAGUUUGAUGAUAUUAAAGUCAUUAUGUUUAAAUCUUUAAAUUGUUGUAAACAGUAGCCACCAGGUCUUAUUGUACUUGAAUGUUAUGAUUUGUUUAUAUUAGAUUGGAAAAGUAUUAGUUUUAUACUGGUAAUGUUUCAUAUACUUUGUACUCUUAUAGGAUUGAAUUAUGAGAUGUGUCCAGAAUUUCUUAGAUUAAUCAAAAUCUUUGUAUUUUCUGGUAUGGUUGAUAAUGAAGUUUUUGAAACUUUGAUUGCAAGUCUUCAGAAGAAAGUUAUAUAAGAGUAGGAACAAGUUUUGUACAAAUUGUUCAUAUGAAUAUUCUGUACAAAUAAAUCAAUGUCCUUUUUUUUUCAGGUGAAGUAUCAUAGUUGGAUCUUUUAUGAAUGAAUAGUACCUUGUACAAAUUAGGAAUUAUUAUGUUCUUUACUGAUGAACAAAAGAUAUCAAACCCUCAUCACAGUGUGUCAAAUGUAUGGUUUAGUUUUACUUUGUGAGGAAUGCGAGCCUCGGACUGAAACGUGCAAGUAUAUGCAGUAAAACCUCACUGUAAUGGACAUAUCUACUAAUAAGCUUCUGUAUAUUUGAUUUAGCUUCAAAUCAUCAAUCUUAUCCUCAGCAGUCAAGUGAGAUGCCAAUACAAGAAUACAUUUCAGACAGGCCAGGGAAAGUGACAUAUUAGCAGACAGUAGUAGUUUUCCAUGUAUCGGGAAGAGUUCAGACAUGAAGAUGGUCAGGGUGAGGUGUAUAAUAUGGGCAGCUCAACAUUUUUGUGGCAUAAUAAAUUAAAAUAUACUGGCUGAUAUUAUGAUCACUUCCCCAAAGCAUCCCUUGGAAUGUAUUGUUUGGUAACACACUCAUAAUGAUGCCCUUACAAGUUUUACUGCAUACCUGACACACAGCAGUUAUGCAGGUGUGUGCAUUAUUCAUACAGUUGCCAAAUUAUCUCCUCCCUUCUGUAUUUGACUAGUCUUGUAUAUCAACGUGAAAUAUGGGAUUCAGUCAGGUCAACCUAUACAGUGUAUUCUAGUCAUUCCAGUUCAAAUUGCAGCAGGAGUGGGUGAGUUGGUGAACUAGAUUGCAUUUCUGAGGUCACCACUAAACCAUAAUAAAUUAGGUGAUUUUCAAA